UUGUGCUUCUCUUUGCAGUUUUAAGUGCAACGAGUCAACGAGUUUGCAAUCCAGCGUGCCAAGCUAAAGAACCCUUCAACUGCAAUGAUGUGCAAAUGUUCAGUCGAACUGAUUUUCCAACAAACUUCACUUUUGGUGCAGCAACUUCAGCAUAUCAAAUUGAAGGUGCUGCGCAUAGAGCGCUUAAUGGAUGGGACUACUAUACUCAUAGAUAUCCAGAAAGGGUUCCAGACCGCACUACGGGAGAUCUGGCUUGCAACUCCUAUGAGCUUUAUAAGGAGGAUGUCCAAUUAUUGAAACGCCUGAAUGUUCAAGCUUACAGAUUCUCUAUAGCAUGGUCAAGAGUCCUACCAAAGGGAAAGCUGUGUGGAGGAGUGGAUGAGAAUGGAAUAAAAUAUUACGACAACCUCAUCAACGAACUGAAAGCCAAUGGCAUAGAACCAUUCGUGACAAUAUUCCAUUGGGAUGUCCCCCAAGCUUUAGAAGACGAGUAUGACGGUUUUCUAAACAAACGUAUAGUGGAGGAUUACAAGGAUUACGCUGAGCUUCUCUUUCAAAGAUUCGGAGAUAGAGUGAAGUUUUGGAUCACAUUUAAUCAACCUUACACGUUUGCAUACAGAGGUUACGGAAUUGCAAUAUCUCCACCGGGGCGAUGCACAGGUUGUGAAUUUGGAGGAAAUUCUGGUACAGAACCUUAUAUUGUUGGCUAUCACCAACUUCUUGCUCAUGCUACAACUGUAUCUACAUAUCGGCAGAAAUACAAGGGGUUACAAGGAGGAAAUAUUGGAAUAACUUUAAUCGGAAGAUGGUUUGUUCCUUUAAAUGAAGCAAGCGUUUCAGAUCAGAUGGCUGCGGGGCGAGCGUUUGAUUUCAUUGUUGGAUGGUUCUUGGAUCCUCUGGUAUAUGGAGAUUAUCCGAAGACCAUGAAAGAUACCUUAGGAGAAAGAUUGCCAAGAUUUACAGAUUUAGAAUCUCAACUAGUGAAAGGAUCCAUGGAGUUUCUAGGUUUAAAUUAUUACUACACACAGUAUGCAACUGAUUCAUUGCAACCCACUUACAAAGACAAUUACGAAAACCCACUUACCUAUAUCACUGAGAAUGGAUUUCCUACUUCUGGCAAUCUAACACUUGCUGAAGCACUAGCAGUCCAAGGACGAAUUGAAAGCCACUGUAGUCAUUUGUCUUGUCUCAAAUGCGCAAUCGAGGAUGGAUGCAACGUAGCAGGGUAUUUUCCAUGGUCUUCGAUGGAUGUUUACGAGUUCAGUAGUGGUUACACAAUCCGUUUUGGUAUGAAUUGGGUGAACUUCACUAAUCCAGCUGAUAGAAGGGAGAAAGAUUCGGCUAAAUGGUAUUCUAAGUUCAACAUGGAAAGAAGUGAAGAGAAAAGAUAGAAGCAGGGUAAUUUUCUUCUAUUUACAUCUUCCCUCAAAAUUUGAAACUGGAAAAUUCGAAAGCAAAGUUUAUACAUCUUCCCUCAAAAUGCCUUUUUCCCUUUAUACAUAUAAAGGGAAUAUAUGUCUGUUUCAGUCAUAAAGUCUGUUUAACUCUGUUACACGUUUAAUAUUCUUCUUAGUUUUUCGUUUCCUGCUCUUUAUUUUACAUUUUUCUUCGAAUUCGCGUGGCGCUGUUUUUGUCUUAAAGACUUUAUUGCAUCAUCUUUAUAUGCCAAUUAAUACCGUAUCCCACUUA